UCAAAAGAAUUUCCAAAAAACAUGAGAGAAAUCCUUCACGUUCAGGGAGGCCAAUGCGGGAACCAGAUCGGAUCCAAGUUCUGGGAAGUCAUCUGCGACGAGCAUGGCGUCGACCCGACGGGUACUUUCAAGGAAGACGGAUCCUCCGACGACAAGCAGCUCGAAAGGAUCAACGUCUACUUCAACGAGGCCUCCGGUGGCAGGUACGUCCCACGCGCCGUCCUCAUGGAUCUCGAGCCCGGCACCAUGGAUUCCAUCCGGGCCGGGCCCUACGGUCAGAUCUUCCGCCCCGAUAACUUCGUCUUCGGCCAGUCCGGUGCCGGCAAUAAUUGGGCCAAAGGACAUUACACCGAAGGCGCCGAGCUCAUCGACUCCGUCCUCGACGUCGUCCGCAAGGAGGCUGAGAAUUGCGACUGCUUGCAAGGUUUUCAGGUUUGCCACUCUUUAGGAGGUGGCACGGGGUCGGGGAUGGGGACGCUGUUGAUUUCGAAGAUUCGAGAAGAGUAUCCGGACAGGAUGAUGUUGACUUUCUCGGUUUUUCCCUCGCCGAAAGUCUCCGACACCGUCGUCGAGCCCUACAAUGCGACGCUGUCCGUGCACCAGCUCGUCGAGAACGCCGACGAAUGCAUGGUCCUCGACAAUGAGGCGCUCUACGACAUCUGUUUCCGGACACUUAAACUUACCACCCCCAGCUUUAGCGAUCUCAACCAUUUGAUCUCCGCGACGAUGAGCGGCGUUACAUGUUCUCUGCGGUUUCCCGGGCAGCUGAACUCCGAUCUCCGGAAGCUCGCCGUGAACCUGAUACCGUUCCCGCGCCUGCACUUCUUCAUGGUUGGGUUCGCGCCUCUAACAUCGCGAGGAUCGCAGCAUUACAUCACGCUCAGCGUCCCGGAGCUGACUCAGCAAAUGUGGGACGCCAAGAACAUGAUGUGUGCAGCCGAUCCACGCCACGGCCGGUACCUGACGGCGUCGGCCAUGUUCCGGGGGAAAAUGAGCACGAAAGAGGUCGACGAGCAGAUGCUGAAUGUGCAGAACAGGAACUCGUCCUACUUUGUCGAGUGGAUCCCGAACAACGUCAAAUCGAGCGUCUGCGACAUCCCACCAACCGGCCUGAAGAUGGCGUCGACCUUCGUUGGAAACUCCACGUCCAUCCAGGAGAUGUUCCGGCGGGUUAGCGAGCAGUUCACGGCCAUGUUCCGGCGGAAAGCUUUCCUGCAUUGGUACACUGGGGAAGGCAUGGAUGAGAUGGAAUUCACAGAAGCAGAGAGUAACAUGAAUGAUCUAGUGGCUGAGUACCAGCAGUAUCAAGAUGCCACUGCCGAUAUUGAAGAAGAUUAUGAUGAAGGAAAUGAAGAACAAUACGAAAGCUAA